CCAGCUAUGAGAUCAUUAACAAAGCAUUUGUGCAAUUAACCACAAGCAACAGCAGGGUUCUUGCACCGUUAGACAGUCAGUUACAAGCCAACGAAGUGGUCCGAAGGAUAACGUUACAGUGUUCAAGUGUCGCGAAAAAAUUGUGAAAAAAUGAAAAUUCAAUUCACACUACUUUUGAUCGGCUGCGCCGUAUCGGCAGUGUUUGCCGCACCACAAGCACAGGGUGAUGCAGCCGCACAAAUUGUUAGUCAAGAAUCGAAUAUUGAACCAGAUGGCUCAUACAAUUACAACUAUGAAACCUCUAACGGCAUUAAGGGCGAAGAGACCGGCACCCUGAAGAAGGCCACCUCAGCGGACACCAGCGAUGUGAUCAUUGCACGCGGUUCCGUCAGCUACACCUCGCCCGAGGGCAAUCUGAUUACGCUCAACUAUGCUGCCGAUGAUGAGAACGGCUUCCAGCCACAGGGCGAUCAUCUGCCCACACCACCACCAAUCCCACCAGCAAUCCAGAAGGCACUCGACUACUUGCUCAGCUUGCCCCCAGCGAAGCGUCGUUAAGCAUUUCACGCACAAGCGUUCGUUGCAAGCGAUAGAAAUGUAAUUUUUUGUGAAGGAAAUUAUUUUCUUUCGCGCUGCAACCGCACACACACGCACACUGUAAUAAUGUGACAACGCAACAAUUGUAAAAAAUUAUUCUUCUAAUAACUUUAUAUAUAACUUCCUUGCCAUGAGAAUCCUUUGAAAAUGAUUGCUGUACUAUACUAAAAGCCUCAAACUUGUAAAUACUUAGACCAUCCCUUACAUAGGGACGAAUGUGGACACGUUGCUCAUACGCAUGAAAAUUAAAAAAAAAAAACUAUAAAACACACACACACACAGUCAAAGACACGAUAGGCACACACCCACGAAAAGCAUGGGAAAACGAAAAAUUUUACCACUUUCCACAUAGCGCUCGUGAGUUGAAGCAUUGUGUUUAGUGAGCUGAUGUGCAAAUGUAUGUAAGGAUGCAACUUAAAACAAACUACUAAGUACACUGACUGAAUGAACCGUUAAAUAUAAUAAACAAAGAUCUAUUAUAAUCAAAUAUACAUAAAACAUAUAUAAAAAAUAUAAAUAAAUAAUAUAGUAGUUAUCAACUGGCAUUUGCUCACCGCUCCCACACAACUCUUAGCAAAUGUAGAACUCACACACUCACUCUCGGCCAACUUUGCUUCAACUUUCGCUGUGUGCACCGCAACUGUCACGCCCUAACUCUGCCUACAAUGAUACUCAGCAUUUCACUGCACUAACGCAGUCAAUUACAAUUGUACUAAAAUUCUAAUACAAAUACAACAUAUCACCAAUAUGCAC